UUUUGUGUUUCUAGGGUUAUCACUUACCAAGCCGCUAUGGAAGAUUCACAACCUUCUCCCUCAAGUAACCUAGAUGACGCCGGAAACUCCACAACAAACAUUCCUCUUGAUCUCACCAUCGAGAUACUCGCUAGACUUCCGGGGAAUUCCAUCAUCCGAUUCCAAUACGUGUCAAAGCUCUGGUUCUCAAUCAUUCGCAGUAAAGAUUUCACCGACUCGUUCCUGACUAGGUCAAAGACUCGUCCUCGUCUCCUUUUCACCUUCAAACACUUCGAUUCCCGAAAACGUUUCAUCUUCUCAGCUCCUGAACACCAACACAAUGACAAAUCCUCUACAGUUUUCGCCAGACACGACAUGACAAUCUCGAAUCUCGUCUACUAUAUCAGAUCUCGCCCCGUGAACGGUUUCGUCUGCUGCACGCGUGGCUCUUCGAUCGCUGUUUGUAAUCCCACCACAGGACAAAUAGUACAAUUGCCAGAUGUUGUAUCCAAUGGAAGAGACGUCCAUGCUCGUCUAGGAUACGAUCCAGUCGAAGAUCAAUACAAAGUGUUGUGUGUGAUGAUGUUCGAUGGCUACGGCCGCGGUGGGAAUAAAGACAUAGAACAGGAGCAUUUCGUUAUCACACUGAGAUCUCAACAAAAAGAGUGGAGAAAGAUUGAAGUCACCGGAGAUUCUUACACAGAUGUCCAAGGAGGAAUAUGCAUCGAUGGUGCUAUAUACUAUGGAGGUGUUGGACACAAAAUGUUAGCUAGAUUUGAUGUUAGAUCCGAGAAAGUGGAGUUUAUUAAAACACAGAAAGACGAUAUAGUAAACGUUUAUCGUUGGACUUUUAUAAACCACCAAGGAAAGUUAGGAGGAAUAGAGUGUGAUUACUUCUAUGAGAUGCGUCUUUGGAUGCAAGAAAGAGAGGAAUAUUGGAAUUGUAUGACUUGUGAUGUGCCUUGUGAGUGGAGAGAUUUGUUUAGGGACAAGAGACGACUAUCUUCUCCGGGAGAGAUUCACACUGGAGAAGUUAUGUUGGUUUCUGAUCGUUUAGAAUCAUCUAAACCUUUCUCUGUUUUCUAUUACGAUCCGAUCAAAGACAGUUUCAGAAGUGCGGAAGUUGAAGGAAUUGCGGACCAUGAGUUUAGACGUAUCCACGGAAUUGGUAAGCGUGCUCGUGAGAUGUUGUGUUUUCCAGGUCAUAUUGAGAAUAUCAUGUUCUUGUAACACUACUCUUCCUAGUUAAUUAUGUUUAUUUAGAGAUUAUUAA